AUGCUGGCGCCAAAACCGAUUUCGCCCGCCAAAGAGCUUCGGGUAAAGAAUAGUAUCCCUCAACUUAUGAAGGCUUUGCCACCGGUUCCCGGACACGAUGCAGAACUUGCGGAGCACGAAGAUUCUGCCGAAGACUGCAGAGCUGAUCUCCCUAUCGUUGCAUCGCCGGCUUGCGUUUUCCUGUUGCCCGCAACAUCGCCUACGCGCAAUGCUGAGCCGAUUCGCACGGAGUUGGAGAGCAAGCUCGAAGACAAUGAGACCCACACUGAAGACCAUCCUGCCAUCUCAAGGCGGAAAUUGCGUCUGAGAACGUCGAUGUCAUCUGCUGCUUGUGCCACUGGAUCGACGAAUCCAAGUCCAGAAAAGAUCUUGUCGACUCCGGACAUCACACCGAGUUCGAGUAUACGAGCAGAGAAGGGUUCUUUAGAAUCAUCAACCCGAAAGCCAAAGCUGCGGCUCAAAGCUGUUGUGCAUGACGCACCUUCGACGAACCUGAUCGCCAGCACGGGGACUGUGAGACGACGUGUUGCUGUUGAUGGCUCAUGUCUGAUUACCAACUUGGUCAAUGCACCGCCUGAGUACUUGCUCAAGUCACAAGACAGCUCAGCAAUCACUCAACCUCGAACGCCGGGUUCCCAGAAGUCCGAUCGCCCAAGCCGUAAGAAAAGGGGUGUCGCCCCCAGCAUACCGCCAGUCACCCCCAUCAGCAUGUCUACGCCCUCUUCAGACUACCCCGAGAACCGAGGUUCUUUGGACAGUCAUCCGGGCUCUACCCCAUUGACAUCGGCUGACGGUGAUAACACUUCUCACCGGGGCAGCCACCAAAAAACACCCUUAACUCUCCGGCAUGAGCUUCAAGGAUUUGCCACGAACACAACGCAUCUCACGAGUGGCAUCCGAAAGACCCCUAAACCUGUUCCUCUCGCGGAGCUGAUCCCGGACGCGGUGGCAGUAACCCCUACAAGGACUUCAAUCACCACGACUGGUAGUGCGGCCAGCGGCCUGGGUUUCGAGGUGCCAAGGAGAUCCAAGUCGGGUCGUGCUAUCAGGUUCCGGACACGCAUCUCGAAAUGGGUCAAGGGAGCGAGAACCGCCGUGAGUGCAUAUGUCAGAAGGACACGAGGCACUGUGUCGACCAAGACGAGAUCAUAG